AUGGUGAGGCAACCAACAUCCUGGAACAGAACAUUUCUAAUGAAAGGAACAUGGAGCCCUGAAGAAGAUCAGAAGUUGAUUGCUUAUAUCAUGAGAUAUGGCAUUUGGAAUUGGAAUGAAAUGCCCAAAUAUGCUGGCUUGUCAAGGCCAGGGAAGAGUUGCAGACUUCGUUGGAUGAAUUACUUGAGGCCUUACAUAAAGCGUGGAAACUUCACCAAGGCAGAAGGAGAAACCAUAUUCCACCUGCAAAAGAUGCUAGGAAAUCGAUGGUCAGCAAUUGCAGCAAUGCUACAAAGAACUGACAAUGAUAUAAAAAACUAUUGGAACACUCGCUUGAAGAAAAGAGUGGAGAACAAUUUAGCGUCAGCAACUGCAUCACCUACAGCAAAUAAUUCAGGUAUCGAACCUGAGCAGGAGAAUUCCUCUGAUGCUGAUUCCUCAUCCCUCAAUACUUUGGUGGAGUUGGACUCAGCGUUGAAGGACUUCCCAGAACCAGCCGCUUAUGAAAUUUCUCCAUCAGAGAACGCUUACACAGUAGAGGACAAUUUUGUUUCAUCUCAAGAGUCUUGGGAAAUACAGAGUUUACUGGAGCAGCCACUGACGGAAGUAGCUUUUGAUUCUGAAGAUUGCCAAGUCUUGUCACCAAAUUCUCAGCUAUGGCUCCAUGAGUCCUUCUAUAAUCCUGAGGAUGAUUUCAGGGUCAAUCCAUUUAUUUAG